AUGGUGCAGCAGUGUCGUUGCGCAGGACUGAAGGACACCAUCACGCUCUCAGCAGCUAAAGACACUGUACCCAUCCAGCCUUUGAACCAAGGUGUCCUGUUCAAGAAUGACACAGCAGGUACAGCCGGAGUAGAUAUCUCUUGUCAGGUGUCUCCUCCCCAGCAGUCCCUGUCUGAUAGAGCUCUGUUAACUGUGACGGGCCGCCGGCUGUCCCGGGUUAGCAUUGGGGCGGAGAGUUAUCCAGAGACUGUGGAGGCUCUGAUGGAGUUGGGCAGGCUCAGAGACAGGCAUGAGAGUCUGGAGACCCAUGUGAGGCAGCUGGAAGCAAACAAGGCUGGUCAGAUCCAGCUUCAACAUCUCAGUGAUCUCCUUUCUGAUAUGGGUGAGAGGCAGAUUCCUGACCAAAUACCAGAGCAGCUCAAUUAUCUGAAGACCCUAGUGGAUAGUCUUAUAGCUGAUAAAAAGAAGAACACUGAGCUGGUGAGUGAUGUGCAGGGAGCCAUACUGCAGCUACAGGCUGAGUGUGAGAAACUCCACAGUACAACCAGUCACUUGAUAGAAGAACAUAACAAGAAACAGAUCCACACUGAUGUGAGUAAACAUACAGACAGUAAAGACCGAAUCAUAAUCAAACUCUGUGCAAGUACAUAGAGUAAACUAGCAAGUUAAUAUUUUUGCUCCAAAAUGUGUACAACCG